AUGACAAAUUUUGAUGAUGAUCUUUUCCAGUACCUAAGCAGUAAUGGUUCAGAAGAAAUCAUGCUUGAAAGUGAUGUUACAUCUAGCAGUCUUAUAAUUGUCAGCCGUUCUACUAUGCAAGGAGAGACUCCCAAUUCGAUUACUAGAGCUACAGAGGAGUGUCGAAAAAAAAUUGAAAAUAUGAAACCUUCUGAGGCUUUCUUGUCGACGCUUCCAGCAGCUGAUAAGGACCUUGCUGAAAAAAUAUUUAAAGAAGUUGAAAUUUACGUAUGGAUGUCUGAGUUCUCCCCGUCUAAAUUGCUCAGUGAAAAUUGGACACAACUUUUGAAACUUCCAACCAUCUUAGAAAGAGUUCAAUAUCUCGACUUUUUAAGCAGAAAGGAAUACUUCAAAACAAAGAAGGAAGUGAAAAAAGCUUCCAAAGAACAAGUCAAUAUUAGUGGUUACAGGGCUCUCUUAAGUCCACUAAGGAAUUCUAAACAUAUUGAUCUUCUCAUCGGAAGUAGGUUUUUCAAGACUAUGCGACUCAACGAGAAACCUCAAAUGGUUGCUGAUGUAAGGUUUCUUGAAAAUGACUUAAAGUCUGCCCAUAUAUCCACUCUUGGUCGGCAAAUGAAAAUUAUUAUUCAGGAAAAUUCAAUUCGCCGAGAGCCAUUCUUAAUGACGAUGGCAGGUUUUCCAAAGGCUGGGGAAGUAGCAUCACAGUUUUUAAAGAGUGUCCAGUUUUAUGACUCUCCUUAUUUAGCACAAAAGUUUCUUCCGGUGUUAACUAAAAAAUCAGUCGAAGAAAUUUUUCCUGAUAGGAACGAGUUUGUUUAUAUAAGCAGACAUGCUAAACGUUAUCUAGAAGGACCUCUAGACAAAAAGGCGUAUGUAUUUGGCCUCUGCUUCGAUUAUGGUCGAGAAACCCUUGGCGUAUGCCGUACACAUGGAUUUGAUAUUAGACGUCUUCCUAUAGAGAAACAUGUGAAGUGGGUUGUUGGACCGAAAAUUAUACCAUAUCCGAAUAUAGUUCGAAUUUUGGACAAUGUUUAUGAAAGCAAUGGAGAUUGGGGAACAGCUCUUUUGAAUAACAUUUCGAAGCGGCAUUUACGACAGGAGGAGGAGCAAACUGCUUCUGCGCAUAUCACAAGGGAGAUAAAGCGCGAACAGCACGAAAGGUUCGAUGAAUUGAUAAUCGGCCACAUUACCAUGGGGAGGUCGGCUCAUCGAGAUGACAGGCGGCGAAGAGACCACGAUCGUAGCAGGAGUCGUGAAAGGCGACAUCAUCACAGCGAAGAGCGUAAACACCCUGUGAAAUCCAGCCACUCCAGUGAAAAGCAGAAAGAUGUUUCAAAAAAUAUCGAAGCUGUUAGGUCACAUAUGCGGUCUGCUUUGGAUUCGGUUGUUGCUAGUACUUCCGUUCAAGCACUGGAACCAGAGACUGCUGUUGAUCUUGACCUGUCCGCCACCGAAGCUGCAAGCCGCCAUCGAGAAAUAGAGCGUAUUGAAGAAGGUGCUUUUCGACCUGCUGUUUUUCAGUCUACAGCAGGAGGAGCUGGUGGAAGGAUUAGGAAGGAGGAUGCUUCUGAUAAGUUUGCUACUGUUGAGAAGAAACAAGUAGCACACGAUAAGGCUAUUUUUGGCGCGAAAUGGCAGGACCUACAGAAGCGAGAAGUUUCUGAUACAGGUGACAGUGAGCUUUAUAUACCUGAGUCAAAAAGGGAAGUCGAGUUGGCUGGACCCAAGUUCUUCGUUGACGUGAAAGUUCGAGAAGAAAAAUGGUUGAAACUUUUUCGUGAGAGGAGGUCUAAUUUAAUGUGCUCAUGA